CUUGUCGGUGUUUUCACGCAAGGUUGCUCCGAGAUGAGGAACAGAUCCAUGGAAGGCGCUGAGAUUGCUGGGGAAGAGAUGGGUACUUCUUGAGAUGGCUAUAAAUGAGACAUCACCUAUGUGAUGAUCGUAGAGUAAAAGGGCGAUCAAAAUGCAAAGUGCUCCGCUGCUGUUCUCAGCCGCUAAAAGGCUAGAAGGCAAGGUGGCCUUGAUCACCGGCGCAGCUAGCGGCAUCGGCGAGGCCACCGCCAAGCUCUUCGCCCGCCACGGCGCCAGGAUCGUGAUCGCUGACGUCCAAGACGACAAAGGCCACUCACUCUGCAGCGCCCUCGGCCCUUCCGUUGCCUCUUACGUCCACUGCGACGUCACCAACGAGUCCGACGUCCAGCAGGCCGUUGACGCCACCGUCUCCCACCACGGCAAGCUCGACGUCAUGUUCAACAACGCCGGCAUCAUCGGCGAGCCGUGCCUGCGGCUCCUCGAGUCGGAGAAAUCAGAUUUCGAGCACGUGGUGGCCACCAAUCUGGUAGGGAGCUACCUGGGGACGAAGCACGCGGCGCGGGCGAUGCUGCCCGCACGCCGGGGCAGCAUCGUGAUCACCGCGAGCGUGGCGUCGGUGAUCGCGAGCAUAACGCCGGUGGCAUACACCUGCUCCAAGCACGCCGUGCUGGGGCUCAUGAAGAGCGCGGCGCUGGAGCUGGGCCAGUUCGGGAUACGCGUCAACUGCGUGUCGCCCUACGCGCUGCCCACGCCGCUGGCGAUGAAGGCGUUCGGCAUGGGGGAGGAGGAGCUUUCGGACAACAUGGAGGAGCACGCUACGCUCAAGGGGGUGAGGCUCAAGGCGGAGGACGUGGCGGAGGCGGUGGUGUACCUGGCCAGCGACGAGUCCCGAUACGUGAAUGGGCUCAACCUUCUUGUGGACGGGGGGUUCUCAACCGGAAACCCCUCGCAUGGCUUGUUUCGCUACUCCAUUCCCGAGAACAAGUGAAGCCAUGUGAUUUCGUACUCCGUUCCCUCACACAGUAGCCAUCUGUUAUCGAAGCCAUGUGAUUUCCUGUUCUAUUUUAUGAAUUAUCUCAAAAUUUUUAAUAUAUAUUAUUGUCUGGAUAGAAGCAUAUGGACAGAUCUAUAUUUAAAAAUUAUUUAUCUUUUAAAUUUAUGUUUUAUCUCA